AUGACAAUCCAAAUCUCAGCUGAAAACGCCCUCCUCGCCCGAGCCCGUGCCAGUCACAGUACUGAAGACUGCAUGGCACUCUACCACGAAUGGGCCGCCACUUACAACGAUCACCUAGCAGACGCGUCUCAAAAUUAUGUGGCCCCGGUCUUGGUCGCCGAAGCCGCUCUCAAGUGGAAAAUCCACCCUAGGGGACCGAUCCUGGAUGCUGGCUGUGGGACUGGCCUUGUUGGAGAAGCCCUUUCACAGUCUCUUACAGUGACUAUUGAUGGCAUUGACUUGUCGCCAGCUAUGCUCAAAGUGGCAAGACAGACCGGUGUAUAUCGAGAUCUUGUUCUCGGGGACUUGACUCAAAAGAUCGAGAAACCAGACGAAUCAUAUGAUAUAGUGACAUGCGCUGGUACCUUCACUGAGGGUCAUGUCGGUCCUGACCCUGCCUUGAGAGAAUUUGUUAGGGUUACCAUGAAAAAUGGGCUGAUCGUUGCAACAAUACUUAAUAAGAUAUGGAAAUCAGGGGGUUAUAAAGCUGAAAUCGAAAAACUAGAGGCGGAAGGUCUUCUAAAAGUCGUUAAUGUGGAGAUCAAGGACUAUAGAAAGGGAGCGGGCGACAAAGCAACAUUGGUUGUCCUUGAGAAGAUUUAA